UUACGGCUCCGCAGUUAGUUACAUUUCAAGAAAUGACAAAACUCAUGCAACAGUGUGAACUGUUAGAUGAAGUACGCGACGAUACGACAUCCAGUUCGAUGAUAAAUACAAUGAGCAAAAGUAUUCAUGGAAUGGGGAGCGUCUUAUCUCUUCUUUCAGGCAUCUUACCAGUCAUUGUAGGUACCAAGUGGUGUGGAACCGGAGAUAUUGCUGAAAACUAUCAUGAUUUAGGCGAAGAAGCUCAAAUUGAUAGAUGUUGUCGCAGUCAUGAUCUUUGUCCUGUUAAAGUCCGAGCUCAACAAACGCGGUACAAUAUCACCAACUAUUCCAUAUAUACCAAAUCGCAUUGCGUGUGCGACGAGGCGUUGUAUUAUUGUUUAAAAGCUGCAACGCAUCCGGCUGCCCACAUCAUGGGUCACUUAUAUUUCAAUGUAAUUAAAAUACCUUGCAUAGAGGAUGAUCCAUCAGCCGAACGGACUUCCGUAGGAUUAGGAAGACGAUUUAUUCCUGUUAAAAUGAAUUAUUAGAAUGAUUCUGAUAGAUAUUAACAGAUGCAAUUUAUGUUGUAUAGCAGUAAUUUUAAUAUUUUUAUACCACAAAUGUUGUACAAGUUUUUUGUAGUAAGAAAUCGGGAAAGGAUAUUUAUUAUUUAUAAUUCUUGUUAAUAGUAUACAUAUGUAAAUACAUUAUGAUAUAGUAAAGCUUACAUGACGUUUCCAUUCAACUGAUUUGAUCUGCAUUUACCAGUAUGCUCUGCUCUGUUGCAGAUGAAAUUGCUUGCUUCAUGGAUGGUAACUUAGGUAUGAUGUUUUGAAUAGUAUUUUUGAUACUGAUAACAUUGUGAUUAUAAAGAUUUCCUGUGAAAUUAUUUA